CCUGCCUCGCUUGCCCCCUCCGCCGCCUCGGCACCUCCUCCUCAAGACUCCCCCGGGCUUCGCACCGCCGCCCGUCGGCAGAGGAAGCUCAACGAGCCGCGCGGUCCGGUCCGUUCCCAGGCCAGGCUCAACCCCCCCGGCACCGGGGCCCGGCGGCGAUGGAGCACGCGGCCGCGUUCCUGGAGCUGGUGGCGAAGCAGGUGGACCCGGGCGCGCCGGGGUUCUGGCGGGACUUCCUGGUGGGCAUGCUCAAGCCGGUGUUAGCCACGGCCGUGGUCGCCAUGGCCGUCGCGCUCAGCUUCUCGCAGCGCCUGGGGCUCGAGGGCGAGAUGCUCUACGCCAUCGCGCGCGCCUUCCUCCAGCUCUCCGUCAUCGGCUUCGUCCUCCAGUUCAUCUUCACCCAGAAGAACGCGCUCUGGAUCCUCCUCGCCUACCUCUUCAUGGUGACGGUUGCGGGCUACACGGCGGGCCAGCGCGCCAAGCAGGUCCCCCGCGGGAAGUACAUCGCCUGCGUCUCCAUCCUGGUCGGAACCGCCAUCACCAUGUUCCUGCUCGUCGUGCUCAACGUCUUCCCCUUCACGCCCCGCUACAUCAUCCCCGUCGCCGGAAUGAUGGUCGGCAACGCCAUGACCGUCACCGGCGUCACCAUGAAGAAGCUCAGGGAGGACGUCAAGAUCCAGAGGAACCUGGUGGAAACGGCACUUGCUCUGGGUGCGACGCCGCGUCAGGCGACACUGCAGCAGGUGAAGAGGUCGCUGGUGAUCGCGCUGUCCCCGGUGAUCGACAACGCCAAGACGGUGGGUCUGAUCGCGCUGCCCGGCGCCAUGACUGGGCUCAUCAUGGGCGGCGCGUCGCCUCUGGAGGCCAUCCAGCUGCAGAUUGUCGUGAUGAACAUGCUCAUGGGCGCCUCCACCGUCAGCAGCAUCCUCUCCACCUACCUCUGCUGGCCGGCCUUCUUCACCAAGGCCUUCCAGCUCGAAGAGAAGGUCUUUGCCGACUAGAACAGAAUACGAGGCACUAGGGAAUGAAGGCCGUGUUUGGUUCUUACCGCGAAAACUUUUACACAAAAAGACGAACGCAUGCAUGGAGUACUAAACGAAGUUUAUUUGCGAAAUUUUUUCAGGGACGGAUGUAACUUUUCGAGACGAAUCUAAUGACGGUAAUUAAUUGAUGAUUUGCCACA